GACGCUCGGGAGGAGACGCGUUUCUGGACUGCUUGCUGCUGCGGGGGAGCGUGGCAAGAAUGAAUAGGCACCCAGGUCCCAUUGCCUGCGGUUGGAACUUAUGCUAAGUGGGAGUUUUGGGAGUAAGGCUGAACCAGACCAGGGUGAGAAUCUAUCCUCAACUUGACAAUCACAUUGCUGGAAGAACAACUCAUCUUGACUUCCAGUGGAACAGCAAAGAGGCUCCCUUAACAUCAUCUGUGGUACUUCAGGAGCCAGGAUGCAACACGAACAUAAUCAUAUGGUGCACUUGGACCAUCAGAUGAAUGGCUCGGCAACAAGCACCCCUGAUCCUCAUGCGCACCAUCACACAGUGUCAUCGUCAGAGCACUCAAAUCAUGGUGGAGGAAUGAUGAUGGAAAUGACCUUCCACUUUAGCUAUAAGAAUGUGCCUCUCCUGUUUUCUGGGCUUGUCAUCAACACAGCUGGAGAAAUGGCUGGUGCAUUUGUGGCUGUCUUCUUCCUCGCCAUGUUCUAUGAGGGCCUGAAGAUCGCCCGAGAGAGCCUCCUUCGGAAGUCACAAGUCAGCAUCCGCUACAACUCCAUGCCUGUCCCAGGACCAAAUGGUACCGUCUUGAUGGAGACGCACAAAACAGUUGGGCAACAGAUGCUGAGCGUCCCUCACAUCUUCCAGACGGUGCUACACAUAAUCCAAGUGGUGGUCAGCUACUUCCUCAUGCUCAUCUUCAUGACCUACAAUGCCUACCUUUGCAUUGCCGUGGCAGCAGGUGCGGGCACAGGCUACUUCUUCUUCAGCUGGAAAAAGGCGGUAGUGGUGGAUAUCACAGAGCAUUGCCAUUAACGCUGGCAGUGGGCCUGAGCCUCUCCCUGUAACCUCUGGAAGGACAAGGAUUACCCCCAAGCUUACUGGAAGCCAUGCCAAGAAAAUCUGUGGGAUGCUCUCUUAAUUACUUCCUGGGAGUGUGACUGACACACACACCCCCCGGCCAUGCCUCUUGCGUCCCACUCCUCCCUGAGGAAGC